UAGAACAACAGACGAGAGAUAUAGGCAGGGGAGAGUCACUGUGUGUGUGAGGAGGGGCUGUGUACACAGAGAAAAGAGAGAGAGAGGGAGAGAGAGAGAGAAAGAAAGAGAAAGGGAUAGGCAAGAAGAAAGAGGGAGCCUUUUUUCUGCAUCAUACGGCUCCGAAUAUAAAGGGUGAAGACAGAAGACUGAGUGUUGAGUAACUCUGAAGUGGAAAAGCAGAAAAGAUGAAGGUGCUGUUUUUUGCUGUUGUUCUGGUGCUAAUGGUGUCCAGUGGUCUGGCUCUGGACUGCUACCACUGCCAGUCUCAGAAAGCAGGCGGGGCCUGUGAGGUCACCAAAGUAACCUGUCCAGCACAGAAAAACUCCUGUGUUGCGGCCAAAUUCCUAAAUCCCCCAUAUGCACACUACCAGAAGUGCAUGGCCAUGUCAGACUGUCUCAUGCUGAAACAGAAUGCAUACAUCAAAAUCAAGUGCUGCCAGGAAGACUUCUGUAACACAAUGUGAAUCUGGUCACUGAUGCUGUCCACUGCCGGUGUCCACGCAUGGCUGUAAUGUUUGAAUGAGCAGGUGUAAUCCUGUCUUUCUCUGUAAGUGCUUGUUGACAGUAAGAACAUGUCUAAUGUGUGGAAAAUAAAGUUAUGAAACACUU